AUGCAAGGUGCCAUCGCUUCCUCCUCGCAGGUCACCCUCCUCGCGUCCGACGUCGCCUCAUCGCAUCAUCACACCAAGAAGGCCCAACGAACAGCUUCGCGCCAGCGCAAGAACCCCCGAAGCAUGAGCUGGUCAGCUAUCAUGCUCGCUUGUCUCGCGGCUGUUGUGCUUUCGGCCCAGCCCUCGUCUGCGCAGUUUCAGAAUGUUACGAGCCUUGCGGGAACUUGGGCUAGCGGAUCUGGAAAUGUCCUUACUGGAUUGGUGAGUCUCGUCACAUCACAUGACGACGGUAAAGCUUCGGGAAAGCCUGGCGGGCAUGCAUGUGCGCGUAAUGACCAUCGCUACGAGGCUACGAGGCUACGAGCAUGUGCACUCGGUCGCAGCCAUUCUUUCGGCUCGCUGACACCCCUAAGUCCUGUACCUCUGCCGCACGUAGGAAUUCUUCAAUCCGAUCGCGAAAAAGUUCACAGUGCCAAGGACGUCGGGAAUUGCCUACUCCUUCACAAAUGAUGGCUUCUUCGAGACAAGCACCUACACCUACACAUCCAACUGUGCGUAGAGAAGUUCAAAGGGCAUCCGAGUCUGACUGUAACUCACACAUACUCUGUGACUUCUUCUCAACCCACAGCUGCGAACAACAGGUGCUUCAGGGCAGCGCUGACUUGGCAACAUGGAUCAUACACAUUUAACCCCAACGGUUCCAUCAGCCUGACUCCUUUCGCUCCAGAUGGCUACGUGCAAGUUAUGGAUCCGUGUGCAGGCACGAGCGUGGCGCAGUACCAGUAUAAGCAGUGAGUGCUGCGCGGCUUUCGUCCAUCGAUUGUGCUCGUUCGAGCACUCACGCCUACGCCGCGUUCCGUGCGCAGAUUCGAAUUGAUUCCUCAGUGGUACAAUUACUUGGAUCCGAAGCCAGGCUUCUUGCCAGAAGGACAGACAGCGUACGGUAUGAAGAUGUUCAACGAUGGUGGUGGCGGGGAGGCUGGUGCUCCAAAGGUGAGUACUCGGUGCCAGGGCUGCAAACACAGUAAAUGGCUCACGCGUGUGGGCAUGACUUCCCUCGCCCUUGCAGCCCAUCAUGUGGUUGGUGCGAAGACCACCCAACAUGUUGCCAACGCAGCAACUUUACCAGGAGGUGAUCAUGUAG